ACAAUAAUACCAUAUAUUUUAGAUAUGUUUUCUGUGCAUAGCAACUCCGUGUGAACCAGGCGCUAAACCCACUUCAUACUGUACUUUUGAACAGUGUGACGGCAUGCUAGAGACUUUCAUACAGCACUGCGCUGUUCAGAUCUAAUCACAUAUGGUUUAUUUUCUAUCUUUUCAGAGAAAAUGCUGGCUGGUGUUUUUAAAAGACAUAUUCUUACGGCCCACAAGGGAUGGCAUUGGGGCUCAACAAACCCGAUAUCCUGCCUGUCCGCAGCUGCCUCGUCAAGGGUGCGUGCUUCAUCGGUCUCUUUUCCUCCGAGGACACAGUACAUUCACACCACCGCUGUGAAGCAGAAAAGAACACAAAAAUCAGAGCCUCCACCCAGAGAGUUCGACCUGCUCCGUUAUGACAUGAGAGACCUGGGAAAGAGUCCAAAACCAGCACUAUACCUGGGCUUUUCCGGUCUCAUCCCUUUCAUCUCUGCUCCACUUGCCAUGGCUUUGACUGAGACCUACCUGCCAGAGGUGGCAUUUGCCCAAGUGGCCUAUGGAGCAUCCAUUGUAUCUUUUCUGGGUGGGGCACGGUGGGGUUUUGCCCUUCCAGAGAGCAGCCCGGCCAAACCAGACUGGAUCAACCUGGGCAAUAGUGUGGUUCCAUCCCUGUUAGCCUGGAUAGCCAUGUUGUUCAGUGACUCAGUCACCCCAGCUGCUUUGAUGGUUAUUAUGGGCCUGGGUGUCUCCCUGCACUAUGACCUUUCCUUGCUGCCCACCUACCCCAGCUGGUUCAAAGCCCUGCGAUCUGUACUGUCAGUGGUGGCCUUCUUGUCACUCGUGGCCACACUCAUGCUCAAGGAAGUCUACCCAGAGAAGAAGAUAUUCUCAGAGUAAUUAAUUCAUUAUUCACACUAAAUUCAAGCUGUAAGGCAUGAGGGAUUGUGGUUUAAGGUAUUGCCACAAACCUCCCGAGAUGCCUUCCUGCUAUUAUGAACCAGUUAUUGAACAGUUAUGUGGUACCAAAGGUGGCAAGCAUUAACAGAAGGUCUCAUGACACAGCUUAAAGCCAGUUGGGAUUUGUACCACCUAUUUAUAAUGGUUUAGUAUUUUUGUAUAGAUCAUGUAUGAAUGGAAAAUAAUUUUGUGAUAUCAUAGGUUUGUGUAACUGAUACGUGUUUAAUGGGCUCUUGCUGUCGCAACAGAGUUUCAUGCAUCUGCUGUAUAUCCAUGUGUUUUGUUUUUAGUUUUUCAUACAUUAUUAUUGUAGAAAAUAAAAUUACAGAAUGUAUGAAAGGUGUGAAAUAAUGGACUAAGAAUUUUUUAUUAAAAUAUUUGUUUU